UCAGCCAGGCAUGAUCCAAAGCAUGAAGCGGGAAGUCGAUUCCACCACUAGAAGAGAGCAGACACUCUCCCCGGUUUCGUUCGUGCGGCGUAUUAAACUCACUGUCAGCCGAAACCCAUCGACGAAAUUUCAUUUCUUUUCCGAAUCCUUCUCGUGUGUUAAUUGCGGUUAAUUGUGAUGAAAUGAGUGUGCUCCGCGCGUCAUAGUUGACUGUAGUGUUUGCUGUCGCAUGGAUAAGGUUGCGUAUUUUUAUAUGUGUCAAAUGUGAUGAUCAGGUGAAGAAAAGACACUUUGGGUGAAAGAAGAAAACUGUGAAUGUGACUCGUAGUUGCAAACUAAGUGAGCUUAAAUGUGAUAGAUUCAAAUUAUGAGUGGUGCGAAAUGGUGUGCUCCCUGACUAUCGAUAAUAGCUUCUGUAAGAGAGGCGAAGUGGAUUUGCAUUUAGCAUACGGUGCUGUGGUUAUCGACGACAGCAUCAACAUAAUGUCGUCAUUGAGUGAUGCCCACAGGCGAAACAGUAGUCACAUGGACGGGGACAGAAGCUCCUCGGCAGGCUCUUCCUUGGGAUCGUGUUCGCCACCGCCUCCCUCGAGUCACUCCCCACCUCCGUCGAGACCUCCUUGGUUACACGACUUCCAUGCAGCGGCGUCACCCCAUGUUCUUCAGUUUUUAAAUCUCAGUGCCGCCGGGGGUGGCAUGUUGAACAAUCAACCCCUGGCGGCCCUGCAUUCAAUGGCGGAAAGGAGCCACCACCAGCAGCAGCACGCUGGGAUCCAAAUUACUGGUGUUUCCGGACAGUCCCAGGACCAAACGUCCCCAACCGAAAGCGGGAAACACAGUCCCGCCAAUUCCAUUACGUCCGUCGGCAGCAAUCCACAUGGCAUCGACACUAUUCUCUCGAGGCCCACUGCCACUCACUCGCAAAACUCUGUCCCAACUCCCCAAGGACUAUCGACAACACCUCAUCCUCCACAUCUCGCUGCACCUCGUUAUGCAAUGCACACUGGAUUUACAACUUCUACAGGAAUUAGUCAAUUUCAACAACGUGCAGAGCAGCGACAUCCGUCUGUUUACUGGCCUGGGUUACAAGGACUGGUCAGCGACCCACUGGCGUGGAGGGCUAGAUUGCAUUCUUUGUCCCAACAGCUAGGUUGUCAACAAACAAUGACGGGGACAGGUGGAGGCGGUGCUGGAGAGCAUGAGGGUGGGAAGAAAAAACACACGAGGCCAACGUUUAGCGGGCAGCAAAUCUUUGCCCUUGAGAAAACUUUCGAGCAAACAAAAUAUCUCGCAGGUCCUGAACGAGCUAAACUCGCAUACGCCUUAGGCAUGUCUGAAUCUCAAGUUAAGGUCUGGUUCCAAAACAGAAGGACAAAGUGGCGCAAGAAGCACGCAGCGGAAAUGGCGACGGCCAAGAGACGACAAGAAGAGGUGGAAGGUGUCGUGGCUGAUGCCGAAGACGCAUGUAGUGACAGUGAAGCUAUGGGAAAUAACAAUGGAAACGGAAACAGCGACACUGCAGCGAAAAGACUCCGUAGGGAACUCGAACAGCAAUAUGGUCCAUGAAUGGGAAGAAACGAUUAGACUUUCCAGCUUGAAGAAAGGCGUGUCCACGGAGAAUGGGGCGGUGCAGAAGUAGCGGAGAAUUCUCCAGCUCCAGUGAGUUCCCCUACUUUUCUUCAACCCUCCGAUUCCACUUCCACAUUCCCUCUUUGAAACCCAGCUAUGUCCUUGUGCCGUACUUCCCAUACAGAAGACUUGAUAUGAUCAUCUGAUUUGAGCUUCCUCUUUUAUUCACAUUUAGAAUGGAAACAAAUGACGGUUUUCUUAUCCGUUAUCGGAUUGUUCAAGGUAGAAUCCUGAUAAAAGCAAAGAAUGAUUCGACAGGUCCACAGGCCGCAUGAUAAUCGCAAAUCCAUGCAAUAAAGAAGAAAUCAACAGGUUUUAUAUAUUAUUUGGAGAAUUAACAAUUGUAAUAUAUAGCGACAUCAUCAGUGUACAUGUAACAAUCAAUAAUGCACAACUUAUACAACUAUGCCCGAAUUCCCCAAUUUUCGUUCCAUUCUUCUCGAAAUGUAAAAUAAAAUUAUACUGUUAAAUACUCCAGAAGCAAAUAUUGCAAUACAUGUAUUGGAAGUAAUUUUGUAAAACGUAAAGUAAACGGUACAUCAUAAUAGGAAGUUGCACGAUGUCGAGGUCAGUUUCAUCUCGAUUUUUAGAGAGACAAUGUUACCAAAAUUUUAUGUACCACACACCUCUCAACGAACAUUUCGUUGCGGAUUUACUCUAAGUUUCGUGUAAUUAAAACUAUUUCUUUGCAAUCUAGACGGUACAUCCAAAUAAAGACAAUUUUUUAGUGUCCACUUACAAAGUGUGUAAAGAUUUUAUUCUGUCCUUAUUGGUCAAAAAUUGUACUUAUCCUUUAAAUCAUUAAAUUUAUCCUUGUUUUAAUUUACUUAAAAAUUAUUUUCUGUUACAACACAAUUUCUAACCAAUAAACACAGAAUGAAUAAAACUUAUUCACAUUUUUAUUCCAAUUACUGAUCGACAUCUUUAUAAAAUAUGUUUAUAAUAUUUUGUAAUUAAAAAAAAAUGUCAAAGUGUUGGUCAGUUUACUUUUGUAAUUAUGAAAUGCGAUGUUUUCUUCUACCGAUCUUUAAUAAAAUUUGUUUUAUACAACACCUUUCGCCUUUUAAAGAAGAGCCUUAUCAGAGUAAUAUAAAAAAUUGUUAACACUUUGAAAAAAUAAUACAUAUGUUGAGGAAUCAUGAACUAAAUCAGCUGCACUCCUAAUCCUCACAGUGCAAUAAAA